AUGGCGGCGUCUUCGCAAUUCGGGUUCAGGUCUCUCAUAUCAUCAACAGCCUCAUGCUCGAAACUGAUCAGCCCAAGAAACCCUCGCUCGAACACUCGCGCUAGACCUUUUCAGACAGCCUCGCACGAUCUUGCAUUUGCUCGACCGUCGACUCGAACCUAUUCUACGGCUGAAUCAUCUCCAUCCUGCUCGACUUCAGGAUUCAAUACUAUUCUACCGCCCAUCCGCUAUCAUAUCUUUCAGAACCCAUUACCGUACACGAUUGGACUGAGACUGCAGAAUGAGCUCGUUGCGAAGCGUAUCGAGUGGAAACGGAAGAAAGGGGGAGGAAGGGGAACUGGCAUAUUGACGAUAUUGAAAUACCUAGAACACGUUCCAACCUAUACUACUGGACGUCGGGAUAAUUCUCCCAAUCCUGAUACGUUACAUCCAGAGGAGAAGAAGGUUCAGCAUGUCGGCGCUGAAUUCCACAUUACGAAGCGAGGCGGUCAAGUGACGUAUCACGGUCCGGGACAAUUGGUCGGAUACCCUUUAUUCGACCUCAAUGCCAUGGAGAUGCCCACUCGAUGUUACGUCGAUUACCUUCAGUCUCUCCUUGCAGAUUAUGUCCGAUCGAAAGGUAUCGAAGGGGUCGUUGCACCUCAUCCAGAGGGGCAUGUCGGUAUUUUUGCUUCCCCCACAGAAAAGGUAGGAUCUAUCGGUAUCCAUCUCCAACAUCGGAUCACCUCUCAUGGGUUCGCCAUGAACAUUACGCCAGAACCGCUCGCAUGGUUCGACCUUGUCCUGGCAUGUGGCCUUGCCGAUGUGAAGGCCGUGAGCUUACACGAUCUCAUGGUCAGAUCGGCCGUCAAUGAUGGCGUCUUGCCGAAUCCUACGCCGGGCGUCAAGGAUGUCGCAAGUGAGCUCGUCCAGAGGUUCAGCGAGAAGUUUUCGAGGCCACUCCUGGAUCUGAGAGAGAGAUCACGGAACAAGGGCGCGAAGGUGUACAGGGAGAUGAUUGGUCGUGCUGAGGACGAAGCGAAACAGUUCAAUGUAGAGGCUGGAGGAUGGCCUUCUGAGCCAGAUCUAUCGCGACAGCGAGAGCUGGGGUCAUAG